CCAGAACACAUCCAAGUUCAAGGCCAAGAAGAAAGGCAAAUUCUAACCCACAUGGAUGUGGAGAAUGUCUUUCACAUGACUGGUGGUGUUGGUGUCACCAGCUAUGCCAAUAACUCAUCACUCCAGAAGAAGGCAUCUGAUAUAGUGAAGCACAUAACUAUGGGAACAAUACAAGAACUUUUUCUGACAACUACUCCAAAGAGCUUGGGCAUAGCUGAUCUUGGUUGCUCUUCUGGACCCAAUACCUUAACCUUCAUCAAAGAUAUCGUUGAAGCUGUUGAAAGGACUAGCCGCAAAAUCUUGCACCCACCACCAGAGUUUCGUGUCUACCUUAAUGAUCUUCCAACAAAUGACUUUAACUCAAUCUUUAAGGCCUUGCCCGAAUUCUACAGGGAGCUUAAAAAAGAAAAAAAUGGUGGGUGUCCCUUUAUUUUCAUAGGUGGUUAUGCUGGCUCUUUUUAUGGAAGACUUUUCCCCAACAACUCUUUGCACUUCAUCUAUUCAUCCUACAGUUUGCACUGGCUCUCCAGGGUUCCUCCAGGUCUUAAAGAUGAGCAGGACAGAUCAAUAAACAAAGGCCAUAUUUACAUCUCUGAAUCAAGCCCUCCACAGGUGUCCCAGGCAUACUUUAAGCAAUUCCAGGAGGACUUCAAUUUGUUCCUUCGCUCUCGGUCUGAUGAGCUAGUUGUCGGGGGACAAAUGGUGCUGAUCUUGCUUGGUAGGAGAGGUCAAGAUCAUGUUGACAGAGGCAACUCUUUCUUAUGGGAACUUCUCUCGCUCUCCUUUGCCAAAUUGGUUUCAGAGGGAGAAGCUGACGAAGAGAAGCUUGAUUCUUAUGAUGCGCAUUUCUAUGCACCAUCAAAGAACGAAAUAGAAGAUGAAGUACGAAAGGAAGGUUCUUUUGGGUUAGAUCAAGUUGAGAUGUUUGAAAUAGAGAGGGAGGACAAAGAUGGUGUGAGCUAUGGAACAGCGGUUGCCAUGGCAGUUAGGGCCAUCCAGGAAUCAAUGAUUUGCCAACAUUUUGGAGAAAGGGUUUUGGACAAUUUGUUUUACAACUACGGCAGAAUGUUGGAUGAGGAAAUGACUAAAGAAGAAAUCAAGCCCGUCUCUUUUGCUCUUGUUCUAAGAAAAUUAAAGUGAAGUUGAUAUUUCAGCAUGGGUUUUGCUGUCAGCAAUUUGAUUAAAUACCAUCAUAGGUAAAUGUGGCCAAUGAAACCAUGUCCAUUGGUAAACCAUAUACUUAAUUUCCUGACAAUGAAACCAUGAUACUUUCUGACUGGCU